CAGCUUACAUGAAUUCACAAUCAACCUCUUUCUAAACAGCCAUCAUCAUAUACUCUCUCUCACAAAAAUGUCACCAGUACCUUCAGAAACAGUACACCAACCCGAAAGAACGGCAGACGGAGCUCCAAUCCCACAGCCUCCUCAACCUGGCGCACAAGGAGAUGUCCAAGCAAGUGGCGUACAAGGACUUCCAAAUGAAGCCCUGGAUUUAGCCGCAAGGUUAUUCAACUUCGCCCGAGAAGGAUCACUUGAGUUGAUCACAUAUAUCAAAGCUGGCGUCCCACCAAAUCUAACAAACAACCGUGGUGAUACACUCCUAAUGUUGGCUGCUUAUCAUGGUCAUAACGAACUCGUAAAAGCUAUUCUCACAAUUCCUGAAUCGGAAAUGCGAAUCAAACAUGAUAAAGCUGAUCCAAAUCAACUUAAUGGAAGAGGUCAAUCAAUCGUCGCAGGAGCAGUGUUUAAGGGAUACGAUGAAGUAAUUAGCACCUUAAUCGAACAUGGAGCUGAUCCAUUGGCCGGACAGCCAAGUGCAGAAGAUACGGCAAAGAUGUUUAACAGAUGGGAAGAUGGCGAGAAAGCCGGAUUCAAGAACCUUUUCGAACAAGCUUCAGGAAGGGGCAGAGGUGCUCGUGAAGCAGCAGAUGCCGUGCCUGAUCGAGAAGAGAAUCAGCGACAGGCAGGCAGUGGACCAGCUCCAGCUUAACAUGUACCUCCCCUGUAUACUUUUACGUAAAUGCUAUAUAUGCUCUAGAUUUCAAUAAUGCGAAUAGUUUGAAUUGGUCGAGAU